UGGCGGAACGGACGGAUCAACUAAACGAGUGUCCACACGCUCCGACAGGGUUUCUCUUCCUGGGUUAGCUGAAAGCGUCAUCGUUUACCCGCGUUUGUUGAACAACCCACUUUGUUUGGCGGGAUUGAGCUAAGAAUAAGCUGUUCCAUCAUCUAAUCGGAACUAUGCAGUUUUCUGGCAGAAGAAAGAAGCUGAAUAGUAACCUUCAGACGGAGCUCUAUGGGCACGCUCUGCAGUUCUAUGGACAGCCUCCUCUUGAGAACAUCUCUCUCAGUGAAUUUGAGUUAUUUGCUGUGGACAGACUGAAGUUAUUGAAGACCAUUGAGAAUUUGGGAGUGAGCUAUGUCAAACUGUCCGAGCAGUACACAAAGAAACUGGACAAUGAGUUUAAAAACCUGAGUUUUCCUUACAGGCCAGAAGCUGAUGACAGAAAACUUCCGAAUGAAAGUGAAUACGAGAAGCGGAGAAAGGACCAUAUCUCCCACUUCAUCCUCAGACUUGCCUACUGCCAAACGGAGGACCUUAGACGGUGGUUUAUACAACAGGAAGUUGAUCUUUUCCGCUUUCGCUUCAGUAACCUGAGUGGAAAACAAAAGCUUGAAUUUCUACACAGAAAUAAUCUGCAGUAUGACACAAUUAGUGUCAAGGAGAAAAAGUCUCUUCUGGAUAAACUUAUCAACUCCAGUUACGCCGUCAGUGGAAUCACGGUGGAGGAUCAGGACUUCUACAAAGUUCCUUUUCAAGAUGCAUUGGAUCUAGUGCGAACUCGGAAGGUGUACCUCAAAGCAGGCUACGUGUACAUCCCUCAGCAGGACAUCGUUACCAUUGUGCUCAACGAUUUCCGCACUAGGCUAUCUAAAGCUCUUGCACUGACAGCCCGCUCGUUACCAGCAGUGCAUUCUGAUGAACGGCUCCAGCCGCUCCUUAACCACCUCAGUCACGCCUAUGUGGGGCAGGAUUACAGCAUUCAGAAGAAUGUGGGGAAAAUCUCCUUGGAACAAAUUGAUUCACUUUCAGGAAAGUCAUUCCCACUCUGUAUGAGGCAGCUCCAUCAGGCCCUGAGAGAGAACCACCAUCUUCGCCACGGUGGCCGUAUGCAGUAUGGCCUCUUCCUCAAAGGCAUCGGCAUCUCUCUAGAGCAAGCGCUGCAGUUCUGGAGGUCAGAAUUCGUAAGAGGCAAAGUGGAUGCAGACAAGUUUGACAAAGCAUAUGCCUACAGCAUUCGCCACAUGUUUGGCAAAGAAGGCAAGCGAACAGACUACACCCCCUACAGUUGCAUGAAGGUGAUUUUAUCAAAUCCACCCAGCCAAGGCGACCAUCAUGGGUGCCCUUUCCGACACAGCGACCCAGAACUGCUGAAGCAGAAGCUUCAGGUUUACAAGGUGUCUCCCAAUGGAAUCAGUCAGAUCCUGGAGCUGGUUAAAGGAAUGCACUACCAGCUGGCAUGCCAGAAGUACUUUGAGCUGACACAUAAUAUAGAGGACACCAAUUUCUCACUCAAUCACCCCAACCAAUACUUUAUAGAGAGCCAGAAGGCUUUGGGUGGAGGCAAGGACAUAAAGCGAGAGAUGGAUACCCCGCAGAGGUCGCAGGAUAACGCAGCCACCAGAGGAUCCAGUGCAGCUCGAGUGGCGGCAGCGAAUGCCUCGCAGGAUUUGGCUGAGAUGACGGAGGGACUGGAUUCAUUCUUUCAGGAUGCCUGAUUUUAUUUUUGUUUUUAUACCUUUCAAAAUAAAUGUUUGUUUCUGUUUUCCACAAAGAUUCUGGGGUUUGAGGUUCUCCAUAUUCUGAUUUGAGUAAUCUGUAUCUGUUAUAUGAUAAGUAAUUUCUUCAUAAUUUAACAUAGCAGACUGUGAGUUAACCUUGACAGGAUAUUAUUCAACACUCAACAGCAGACUAAAGUUGAGUUUUUCUGCUUUCAGAUUUCACAUUCACCUUGUUCACUUGUCGGUGACACAGCAUCGUUAAUGUUGCUUUUUAACCUGUGUGUUAAAAGUAGUCCCACAGUUCGUUUUCUUUCUCUGUUAUCACUGUUGUCUGAACUCAGAUUGUUUAUAGCCAGUCUCAGUGCACAGUGUUUUGGCAGGGACGUGGUUUUGGGGGUGAUGACUAGAACAUUUCCCAGCUGUCUCAAAAACAAUGUCAUUGUAUUUGCUGGCAGGAGUAUGGAUGAAUGGUGGCAGGAGGAUGGAUGAAAAUAAACAAUUUCCACAGUUGUA